GGGAUGCAAGACAGCAUGCGAGAGCUGGCAGACGAGAACGGUUGGCUCGUUCACCAUGCAGAGAGGCAGUGCAAGCAUAGGAACCUUUUGAAAACAUUUGAGGACGAAAUACAUUUUGAAAUUCUGUUCAUCAUUACAUUAAAUUUAAGAUGCGUCCAAUGGUGGAUUAAGGGGAGAAUCUCGCAGCAUAUUUGAGAGAGUCAUGUGCUGAUUUCGAGAUACAUCCGAAUCUAUUUCCGGAUAAGGACGAAUCCUGUGACCACGACGCCUUUGAGAAAGGAAAUGUCAAAGCAGUGAUAGUGGAUGCUGCUUUGCAAAUACGAUAUUAUGCAGUGUUUAGGAUGAACGAGCUGCGAUUCCACGACUUUCCACACUGCAUUACAAGCAGAUAUGUUUUGCUACAGUAAAUAAUGGAUCCUAUUUAAGAAUAUGCUUCGUGUUUGACGUUAGCCUAUUUAUUUCUAAUGGACAGGAGAGAAGACCUUCGAUUUCCCUUCACCACCAGUGCAUCUGUACAUUUUUAGGCUUACGGCGUGGCUUAUCAACUGACUAGAAAGCAUCGUUUUGUCCAGCGUCCUUGUCAAAAUUGGACUUGUUUAAUUCAUCAUCUGGAUACCCGAGUCUGGAAGACUAGCAGCUUGGAUGUCAACAGUAGCAACCCACACAAGCUAGUGAGAACCAUGCCACAACUAUCUUAGUGGUGCUGAAAGGACAGCUCCUAAUUUCAGGACUGCCAAAGUUGACAUCCACUGAAAGCGUUUGCUUGUUAUUUUUGGAGUAAACGGGCAGCCAAGUACUCCACAUGGAAUAUUAUUUGCCUUGACAGCGUCAGCACGAAAGUUAGGUUUUAAUGGCUGUGGCACGCAAAAUAAAAACUUUGCUCACGGUUAACAUUUUAGUUUUUGUGGGGAUCAUAUUGUUCUCUGUGUACUGCAGAAUACAGGACCGUUCCGAGGAACUAAUCCAGAUCGGAAGAAUAUCAGACCAGAGACUAAGAGCCAGGAAUGGCAAAGUUUCCAACGUAGUGGACAGGCAGUCCAUACUUCAGAGGCUGGAGCGGCUCGAGGACGUAGUCUACAAUCAAUUAAACGGACUGGCAAAGCCCAUGGGGCUGGUGGAGGGCCCUGGGGGUCUGGGUCAGGGAGGAGCAGCUGCCACUCUCGGGGAAGAUAGCCAUGUUGAUGGGGAGGGGAAGUAUGAGGAGUAUGGUUACAAUGCCCUGCUCAGUGACCGUGUCUCACUGGACCGCAGCAUCCCUGACUACAGACCCAAAAAGUGUAAGCAGUUAACAUACCCAGAAGACCUUCCUCAGAUCUCAGUGGUGUUUAUCUUCGUCAAUGAGGCCUUGUCGGUCAUCUUGCGGUCUGUUCACAGUGUGGUCAACCACACCCCUGCACACCUUCUGAAGGAGAUCAUCCUGGUGGACGAUAACAGUGACAGUGUGGAGCUGAAGUUCAACCUGGACCAAUAUGUGAACAAGCGUUACCCAGGCCUGGUAAAGAUUGUUCGUAACAGUAAGAGGGAGGGCCUGAUCCGAGCCAGGUUACACGGCUGGAAUGCUGCUACCGCCCCUGUUGUGGGCUUCUUUGAUGCCCAUGUUGAGUUCAACACUGCCUGGGCAGAGCCUAUCUUGGCCAGAGUGAAGGAGGACCACACCCGGGUCAUCCUCCCAGCCAUCGAUAACAUCAAGUUCAACACGUUUGAGGUGCAGCAGUAUGCAAACGCUGCCCAUGGCUACAACUGGGGCCUGUGGUGCAUGUACAUCAUCCCCCCUCAGGAGUGGCUGGACAAGGGCGAUGAGACGGCCCCCAUCAGGACACCAGCUAUGAUUGGCUGCUCAUUUGUGGUGGACAGAGAAUACUUUGGCGAGAUCGGCCUACUUGAUCCUGGUAUGGAGGUGUAUGGAGGAGAGAAUAUUGAGCUUGGCAUGCGGGUGUGGCAGUGCGGAGGAAGCAUGGAGGUGCUCCCGUGUGCCAGAGUUGCACACAUCGAGCGGACAAAGAAGCCAUACAACAAUGACAUUGACUACUAUGCCAAGAGGAAUGCGUUGCGGGCUGCCGAGGUCUGGAUGGAUGAGUACAAGUCCCACGUCUACAUGGCCUGGAACAUCCCCAUGAAUAACCCAGGGGUUGACUUUGGGGAUGUGUCUGAACGUGUAGCCCUGAGAAAAAAGCUGCAGUGUCAAAGCUUCCAGUGGUAUCUGGAGCAUGUUUACCCAGAGAUGCGCAUCUACAAUAACACCAUUACGUAUGGGGAGGUGAGAAAUAGUAAGGCUAGUGGUUACUGUCUGGACCAAGGAUCAGAGGAUGAUGACAAAGCUAUUCUUUACCCCUGCCAUGGAAUGUCUUCACAGCUUGCCCGUUACUCAACGGAGGGCCUUCUGCAGUUAGGACCUUUAGGGUCGACCACCUUUCUGCCUGAUACAAAAUGUCUAGUUGACGACGGGAGAGGCCGCACACCCAGUUUGAAAAAAUGUGAUUCUGUUUUGCGGGUUUCGCAAAGGUUGUGGGAUUUUACACAGAAUGGUCCAGUCAUCAGCAGAGACACUGGACGGUGCCUGGAGGUGGAGAUGUCCAAAGAUGCCAACUUUGGCCUUCGACUGGUGGUGCAGAGGUGUUCUGGUCAAAAGUGGAUGAUACGGAACUGGAUAAAGCAUCCAAGGCAUUGAGGCAAGACUUUCUUUCUGAAACAAAUCUAAUAAUUUCAGUCUAACCCAUUGACGGACAGUCAGCAUUUCAUAGGAGAUGGCUUUAGGCGCUAGGACUGAUGAGACGAUCUUCGCAGUGUUUGGACUCUUCUAUGGACUCCUCUGUGCACUAUGCCCCCCCCCCCCACCUUAGGGCACAGAGCUUUCAACUGCUGAAUCUUCAGAAGAAUAUUAUCAAUAUAUAUAUUUAGUUGAGCCUGGGAUCAAACGUGGAGACCGUACCACAGGCCUACAGCAAGCUGUAUAAUACUUUUUGAAAUGCUCUACAAUUCUUACAGAACAGCCACCUACAAAAAGAAUAAUAAAACACUGGAAUGCAUCUCCUAAGGGGGUUUAACACUGACAAUGACCAGCAAUGUGUUUCUGGUAUAAAGCCAAUCCCCUUUGCAGAUUAGUUUGCAGGGAGUUAUUUUGUUGAUGCAUUUCAGCAGAUUAAAAGAAGAAAUUGCUUAUCAGUUGCCAUAUCAAUGUGGAAUUACUUAAGGCUAUGUUUUGGAGAAUUGCUGUGGACAUUUCACUAUCCUGAUAAGAGAUUUAAUACACUUUAAAAAGCUGUUCAACUAAUCAGGAUGCAAAGUGACUACUGUUGUCACAAUAAAGAAGAACAUUCUUUACUUUUUUUUCUUUAGACUGUAUUGCUCCCCACUUACUAUCAGAGCAAUAAAGUGCCUUUUUCCAUCUGACAAGGGAAUGUCCAUUCCACAAGCAUGUACAAAUAAUUUUCAAGUAAUCAAUAUAAAAACUGAUGUAAAGAUGUCUAAAUAAUAUUAAUAUAUUGUACAAUUUAAAAUGGUAUCAGUUCUCCAUGAACAGUUAGGAUAAUAAAAUGUUUUUAUGAUGA